UGUGCGUAUUUUGUGUUUACUCGCGGCAUGUUUUGAAAUGUGUAGGAUGACGCUUUCGAGUAGUAUAAAUGUCCUCCUGCAUCCUUCACAACCAUCAUAUUCUUUCAAAACGGUUCUCGAAUCGCAUCUCUGUAAAUUACAAGCAUGUCUACAUUUAAUGUUUGCGUCGCCCUUGCUGUAUUCAUAUCUCAGAUACACGUAUUGGUCUCUGUACCAAUCUGGGAUCGAGCCAGUCUUGUAUGUCAAAAUAUUAAUGGCAAACAAAUAAUUGAUGAAGAUUCACAUCGUGAGUUAUAUGUUGACUCUGCAUGCUCCUCUGGAGAGGUUGUGUGGCGCAUGACCAAAACCCUGGUGACACUGCGCUUUCAGAAGGCUUCGCCAUUCACAGUCUGUUUCAGUAGCAAGGCGCCUGUAGGUUACGAGAAGUUUGGUGUCUACAGCUUCUCGUUGAAUAACCUCUUUGUUGGCAAUCCAAAUAUUGAAACUGACGUCUGUUUGAAUUCCGUCGGAAACGCCUUGGAUGUAAACUUACUGUCGCUAGGGAAAUACUACGCAAUGAAAGCUUACUUCAAAGUCAGAUGCCUCUCGUGACGUCAUUCAUAAUUAUAGCUGUUCGAAAUCCCUCCAGUGUCCACAAUUAUUCAUUGUGGACGUUCAGCGCUACUGACCAAGUUAUCUAGGGCUUGGUGUAAAUACAGACUGUAGUAGAAAUGCGCAGUGAUGCUUGAAAUUACCAUAUACGGCUUCUAGAUAGAUUCACCAUAAGAGCGAUUGACGUUGCUCGUUGCAGACCCGGUGCUCAACACAGUAAUAUAUUGCGAAAGUCGCUGUGAAUAGUUCCAUGCAUAAAAACAUCUAAAAUAGUUGUAGUGUACAUAGAAACUGCUUUUCGCCAUAUUAUUGUUCAAUUGUUGCUGUCAUUGUGUUACGGAAUUUAACUUCCGUUUUGUAAACAUGUGCACAGUAUCGUAUCAAUUUGUAGAUUUAAUCUGCAUUUCCACCAAUUACAAAUUGAAUAAUUCAA